AUGUAAAAAAAACCUAUUUAACGAAAAAGAUUAAAAUAUGAAGAAGCACUCAAAAUUGCUGCCAAAGAAGAUGUAUUAAAAAUUAUCAUAUCUUUUAUAGGUUCCCUUAUUUGGAUAAUGCACUAAAUUUAAAGAGAGAUCUAAAAAUCUUAUAUCAAUAGAUCGUGUAAUCUAAUUUCUAUUCCUUAAAGCAAAUGUAUAUAAAUUAUAAAUACAUAAAGAAUGUUGAUAGAAAAACUGCUUUAUAAUUUGCAAAUAGAAGAUUAUGUAAGAUUGACAGUACUCGUAAAUAUGAUGGACCAGUUAGUUAUAGAUUUAUGAAAACUUCCAAGUAAUUAUUAGGAUCAAUUAAUGGUUGGUAAAAUGGAAAUGCAGAUGUUAAAUUUAAUUUAGGUUCUGGUUAUACAAAUAUAUAAGACAAACACGAAAAUAGUUUCACAUUAAAAUGUGAUACUGAUUAAAGAGUAAUGACUUCAGAAAGGGAUAGAAUUUCAAUGUAAAAAUAUGAAUUCUCAAAAUUCAAUACUUAAAGAUUGACGUAAGAAUUAUGUAAAUUAAAAGAGAAAAACAAAUUACAAAAUAUUCAAUCUAAAUAAAAUGUUGAUUUUACAUAACAAUCACUUUUUUAACCUUUUGAAGAAUAAUUUCCUCAACAACAAUAAAUCAAUAGAGAUGUUCUAUUUGACUAAUCAAUUAAUUAAAGAACAAGAGCAAUAACUAAUUAUCAUGAAAAGAAAUUUAUAUUAUUAAAGAAAAAGACAAUUUCAGAACAUUAGUCUGAUUAAAAUAAAUAAACAUACAUUAAACUAUAUUAAUAACUAAAAUCAAAUUCAUAAUUAAUGAAACGUAAAUAGAAUACAACUAAUAGUUUAUAAAAUGAUAGCAGUUCUAGAAAACACUCUUAAAUCUCUUUCUUCAAUCUUACAAAUAAACCAAGAUUAAAUUCUAACACAUCCAUUAGUAAUUCAUAAUAAUACAUUAAAUAAUAUUAAAGUAAUAAACAAUAAGACACUUUUGAGUAAAAACUAGAAUAUUUUAUUAAAUAAAGAUUACUAAUUUAAAAUAAUUAGAGUUCUUAAUCGACAAUUGAUAAUUCUAAUUUAAAUUAGAAAUUAAAUGUAUUCUUUCAUCAUAAAUUAGCAAUAUCAAUAAAUGAAACAUUAAGAAAUUAAAAGAAUUUAAACAGUGAGAAUGAUUACAUAGAGAUGA